GGCGCAGGCUGGCGUCAGGGCCCGCGGCCGUCGCGCUCUCGCCUCUCUCCGCGCUGUCCGCUUCGCCUUCAGCUCGCCGCGUCUUCCCCGCCCCGGACGGGCCGGGCCCUGGCGCAGCAUCUUGUGACUGUUUUUACUUAAUUGGUCAUUGAUAUCUUAACAAGCAUGGAGAUAAGAUUAGAAGUUUUGACAUCAACAAGUAUCAAGCAGAAAAAACCCUGGCCACGAGUCUGCUGGUUGGGACAGGAAAAUGAAGCUGUUUUUCUUUUGGACGAUAAAUUCAUAAAUGAAAUUAAUUUGCUGUCAGGAAGGACAAAGAAGAAAAUUCCUAGUCUGCAGCCUUUGUUGAAGAAUGUUAUUGUCCUAACAACGUCCAGUAAUGAUGCCUGGCUGGCUGGGGUACUCACUACAGGGGAGGUUUUCCUUUGGAACAAAGAUCAAGAUUGUUUGAAAACUAUACAAGCAACUGAAAAGCCUAAGGAAAUGAUUAAAGCUGCAGUAGCAAGCUCUUUGAGACUGUACUUGUAUGUAUCUGGAAAUGGGAAAAGAGUUCUGCUUAUAACUCCUUCUGGAUGCGUAUUUCUUUGGGAAUAUUUGGAAUUCAAGAAUAUCGUAUCUUCUAAAAGCCCUUCAUUGGUGGGCCAGUGGUCCCAGAUCAUACCUGAAGAAGCAGUUCAUUUGCCUUCCACUAAAGAUAAAGAAGCUGUAGUGCAUGCUGUUUUCAUAAAAAAUGAGUUAUUUGGAGACUGCUGCUUGUGUUCAUUUACUUUUUAUUCUGGGGAAUGCCUGAAAUUAACAUUUCUAGCAAUUCGGUGGCAUGAGAAUGUAUUUACACCUAUAAGAUCAUUGCCAUUCUGUGUUCAUUGGGCACAACAAGAUUGCCUUCUGAGCAGUCUGAUUCCUAAAUGUGAAUCAGUAAAAUCAAGAGGAGCUCUAAUUUCUGCCUUUUCCAGAGAUGGCCUUACCCUGGCAGUAACUCUUAAUCAGAAAGAUCCAAAGGCAACUCAGGUAUUAUUUAUAAACACACUGAAUUUUGUUACUCUCUAUGGUAGCCUUAAAGGAUGCAGUAAUAAGAAUCCUGUGGUUCCAGCUACACUUGUCAGGUCCUACUGGGUAGGUGAUAUCAGCUGGACUCACGAUAGUCUUUUUCUGGCUUGUGUGUUAAAACGCGGCUCCCUGGUUUUGUUGACCUGCCAAGGUGAAUUGCUCACAUUAGUUACAUUUGGUUGCUCAAUAGAAUUUGGGCCAGCAGAAUUUAUUCCUCUUCACCCACUAAUAACAUAUAGACCGCAGCAGUUUACUUUUCAAGAUUCAAAUAAUUCUGUAGAUUCAUCAGCGUCUGAUAGUGACCCUAUGAGACAGAGAUUUUCUGUAAAAGCACACUCACGGUUACCCUACCUCAUUAUUUCUGAUGGAUACAUGGUCACAACCCUUCGAUUUCUCGGUAACCUGUCUCCAUCAGUGCUCAUGAGAUCCCUUCUACUUGACUCAACUGAGAGACUUGAGAAAACGUACCAAAGUGUGGUGAUGUCUAAGCCAAAAGGCAAAGGACUAAACUUGCGAUCACUGGAUUCCCUAAGGUCUAGCCUGUUAAAACACCAAGGAAAUGAAAGUUCAGCUGAUUCUACUCUCCCCAGAUUCUUGCAAGCGGAAGAAACAAUGAAGUUAGAUGAAAAAACAGCAGAUUUGCAGGAUUUUGAAGCGGAAGAAACUGAUGAAGGCAAACACUUUCCAAACAACUUACGCUCUUUUUGGAGCCAGGAAAAUGAUCCAUUGUUUAGUAGUGCCAAGGAGGGAAGAUUGGAAUUUGCAUCUAUGUUUGAUACGAUACAUGCAAAGGGUAACAAUGAGGAGACAGACAGAACCAUUGCAGAACUGCAUUCUGUCCAGAAAAAUCUCCUUGCGGCAUGGGCUAUUGGAAUUUCAAAAAAUGUGACAGAAAAAAAUUUAAUGUUAAAUUAUACAGUAGUUUGUAUCACUCAUCUUUUCUACAUUCUUCAAUUUAUAAAAUGUCCUUUCCCCACACUUGGUCUUUUUUUAAACAAGAGCCCAAGACAUAACGCAUGGAUACUUUGUAUCUUUGAACUUUUUCAUCAGUGUUUAUCAAUCCAGUAUUGGGAUAUGAGAUACAAACAAGAUGUGGGACAUUUGGUAAAGCUGACCUCAAAUACUAUCAAGCUUUUGUUGACUCAGCAACAACAGGGUCAGUUAUUCUCAGAGAAGCUUUUAGCCUGUUUUCAUUUACUCAAAAUGGUAGCUGAUAAUCUAAAUGACACAUACAAUCUUCAACCUGAAAUUACUUCAGCAUCAACUGAUGGAAGUAGAACAGCAAAUCAAGACUCAUUUGUGGUACCCGUGUUUCAGAUGUUUCAAGAUAGUGGUUCUCGUGGAAACUGGUCUUGGAACUCAGCUUUCAAGAUUUGUCCUCAAGUAGUAAAUCUUGUUCAACAGCCAGGUCACAGAUUGAUUGCUCUCUGGAGAAUAUUGUACAAAAAAACUUUAUGGUAUCAAACACAAUUAAGUCGAAGAGUUCCUGAAGAUGACAGACUGUUCAAUGAAAAGAUGACCCAUGAAGCUUCUGCUGUCAAGAGCCUGUUAUGUCACAUACAGUCUAACUUACAGGAGGCUGGAGUUCGCGUGAACCGAACCUUAGAACUUAACCCUAUCAAUGGUGAAGAGUGUUUCCUUUUAGGAUCAUAUGAAAAGUCUGUUCAGCUGUGGAAGAAAGCUCUUCAAGAAACCCAAGAGAAAGGAGGAAGAAGGACGUGUUUUCUUCAGAUACGCUAUUAUCUUUCUCUUUUAUACUGCUACCUUUAUAGCUAUAAUUUAAAUGAUGCUCAAGGAUUGUGUGAUCAACUAGUAAGAGAAAUACUGAGGUGGUCAUACCUGCCUGUAAAAGAAAAUGAAGAUUGUUCAGUUCCUGAGAAGUCUCACUGUGAGUCUGGAGUGACUGCAGGCGCUCGUCCUGAGGCGGCAGUGAGGGUUGUCCAGUCCAUGGCUCGCUUCAUGGCCGCCUAUUUCGCCAAUCAGCUGCUUUGCAUUUUGCCGCCUCACAACGUGAAUGUUCUUCCUCCUCUUCAUAUUAAAACAGAGCAGCCCCUUCGACUUAUUCCUCUACAACACUCUAAGGUGGCCAGUGCUGUUAGAGAUCAGAAUCUUUCUAAUGUAUGGACAGUUGAAUAUGCUCUUGAAUUAUUAUUUAUUGGUGGCCUGGUCCCAGAGGCUGUGUGGUUGGCACAUAAACUUGGAGACUGGAAGACAUCUGUUUCAAUUGGUGUGGCCUUCCAACUCUUCUGUAAACAUGAUAGCAGUUUCACAAGGUCCAAGAAAAAGGAUUUGAAUCUACCUUUAAAUAUGACUCCAGCACAGAUUUUCCAGGAAAAACUCCAGUGUUUUUUAGGUCAGCCAGCCUCUCUGGAAGCAAAAAAUGAAAUGGGCUCAAAAUACAAGCAAUUUACAGAUCCCAUUGAAGAGGAAGAUGCGAAUAUGCUCUUUGGUUCCGUACAGGAAGUACUGAAAGCGGCAGUUAUGGCUGAUGCAGACAUUCUUUCAGAGACGUUUCAGCUUCUGAUAAACUCUGCCAAGGACUUCAGCAAGAGACUGUGGGGCUUGGUGCCCAUCGGCUUGUAUCUUCCAGCUCCUCCAUUAUAUUGUCCUCAGCCAGCUAUUCUUAGUGAAGAAGACGGCGAUGAUCUUCUUUUAAAAGCUGAAAAAGAUAAUCGCCAGAAGGUGUCUGGAAUCCUUCAACGUGUUCUCUUGCUUUUCCGGGCGGCUCGGUGUUCUUUUCCUGUCGCGCAGUGGUACAUCUUGCAGUUGAGGUGGGCAAGAAAAGUCAUGCAGAAGAUUCGAAUGAAAGGGUCCCUUCCUUCAUUAAGUCCUUUCCCUCAGUCGUUACUUAAUUACUGUAAAGGGGGUGUAGCGUUCUUUCGACCUGGAGCAACUGGAGACUACAAGCUCGAUGAAGUUUCCAUUAAAGCAAUAGGUUGCUUCAGAGAACUUUGUGCUUUGUGUUGGAUGCUGCAUAUUCGUGAUAAGUUAUCCUAUAGUUGCAGGCAAUAUCAGAAAGCAAGAGAAAAUGUGGAGGGAAGAAAGGCCCUUGAAGUGGAGUUUGAUUCUUGUGUGGUUGAGCACUGUCUCGGUGCGGUGGAAUGGGCCUAUAGAAUGCUGCCUUUCUCUCGGUUUUCUAACAUUGAAGAACUGAUUCAGGAUCUGCUGUUGAGCCUCAUUGGAGAACUGCCACCGAUCAGAAAGGUAGCAGAAAUUUUUGUGAAAGCAUUUCCCAAUCCUGAGGAUAUAAGGGUCCCUUUAAGAGAAAAAUAUCACUCUCUUCAACAGAGACUCAGGCACUGUGUUGUGAAAGGCCCCCAAACUGAGGAAAUGAUGUCUGUUAUCAUGCACUCUAUCCAUAAAGUGAGGAUGAAAGCCCUAAAACGUGUGCAGAGAAAUAUAGGUUCUUUUGAGAUGAAUAUAUGGGAACCAGCUGAAGAAGAAAAACCAGCUGAGGUUUCAGGUUUUGACAGGUUUUCCCUGGGGACCAGUUUGAGCAGGAGCACACUCACGGAACUGGGGAAUUCUCUGGUCCACAGUGAUGCAGAUACAGCAGAUACCUUCUCUGAGGCCUUGUUGGUUGAAGAGAAAAGCAGGAUACGUUUGUAUCAAAGUUCUCUUUGCUGUAGAAAUGCCCCAAGUCACAUGGAAUUAACAUCUAUUGGUAAGCCCAAUGAAAAAAAGAAAAUAUGUAAUCAGAAAGAAAGCCCUGAAGAAGAUCAUGCAAAGUUAUCACAAAAUGUACUUCCUGUAAUAGGUGUUUGGGAAUUUGAACGUGAUGAUGAUGAAUAUAUUAAAUUCCUUGAUCUCUUCUUGAGUUAUGUUCUUGAAAGAGACCUACUUGGUUCCAAGGAUCCUGGCAUUCCAUUUCUAACCAGUUUUUCUGGACAUCUUAGAGAACAUGAACUUAAUUCUUUACUUUUUGAUGUCCAUACAACAUUAAAACGACGUCAGGGCAAAACCAAAAGCCAGAAUGUGUUUAGAGCUGGCUCUUGCUUUGUUGUUGCUCCUGAGUCACAUGAGUCUGAAAAAUCGGAAAACCAGGCACCUUCAACUUCAGUACUGGUUAAUCAAGGGAUGAACCCUUUCUUAGAGAACCCUUUGAAUGAAGUCAAUAAAAGCGCAGAGAAGAGUGGAUUAUUUGGUUUAAAACAAAAGUCAAUUUACAGAAUCCAAGAUGACAAUCCAGAGAAACCGUUAAUCCAGAGAUUGCCGAACCAUAUUUUUUGGACUCCCAAGUCCGUUAAAACUGGAAGAUGUAGUUUCAAAGCAAUUCAAUGCGAUGAUAUUAACCCUCAAGAAGAUCUUCCUCUGGCACUAAAUAACAUGUUUGGCAGUAUAAGAAGGUUGCUGGAGUGGAUGAUAAGAUGGUCUGAUAGAAGGCUUCUCUGUGACCCUGGUCUCGCUGAAUCAUCCUGUGAGUACAGUCCCAUCAUUCGGGUGAAGACCUCUGCAGCUGCCAUUCUCACAUCAUUGUGGCUUUUGGAACAACCCUAUUUUGCUGCAUAUAAGGCAGAAAAUGCCAUUAUUAAGGUGGUAGAGAAUCACUCAGCUAGAUCUCAGAGCGAACCCCAUAUUGAGAGUGACUGCAAAACAGAUGCUGGCGGUUCUGUCGCAGCAUCCACUCAACUUGGACUCGAGCAAAGAAAUGAUCAAAAUGAAUCUUAUCAAAGUAUCUCGAAUAGAAUGCCAACUGAAGCAAAAAAUCCUGAAAUAAAAGAAACCAGUGAAGAGGUUAUUUCUGUCACUGAUGAUACUGGAAAAGAAUUUAUAGAUAUUGAUGAGGAUCUUUCAGAAGUAGAAACGUUUACACAGGAGGAAAUGGAUGUAUGUCUGUCAGACUAUGAAGAAGAUACCAAAGAACCUGUGAGAAGUCUCAAAAGUCCCAGUAUUGCCAUUUACGUGCAGACUUUACCACAGCAUUUAGAAGAACAUUCUACAGGAGAACUUCUGUGCCCAAGGGAGGGACCAUUGGAGACAUAUACGGAGAAAAAAUCAACUGAACAGAAAGGUAUGAUCGAAGGCUUUUCAAAUCCUGAACACACCACUCCUCAUUCAUUUUGUGUAGACACAAGUUCAGAAAUUUCUAGUGCACAGAUCUCUGCAUUUAAAGAUAAGUCUUCAUCAGUUCCACCUUCCAUAUCAAAUGGAGUCAGUGUUGCUUCACAAACACCUGUGCCGACACCUCGGCAGACCCAGAGAAACGAACCCAGGGCUCACUUACCAGAUUCUUCCGAUUCUGUUAGGCAGAUGCUCCAAGAUGAAAUGUUUAAAUUAGUUCAGCUGCAACAGAUCAACUUCAUGAGCCUCAUGCAGAUAGUGGGAUCAUCCUUUGCUAACCUCCCAGAUGUCAGUCAACUUUUACAGCAGUCUCAGUCUGUGCGUUUGGUGGGAAACCAAGUACUGAACCCCGCAGGAGGGAGUGGUGAUGUUGAAGACACCAGUAGAAGUCGGAAGGAGAGAUUUUUCAUUAAACCACAGUCUAUGGGAGAGUGCACCAGAGAGCCUGGCAAGAACAGCCCAAACUGCCAUAGAGGAAUUUUGCAGUCUGAUCAAAAUAGUAAUGGAAAUUUACAGAAUGUUCCCCAUGAGAGUAUUCCUUUUUGUCAGUUAGAAGGCCAACCUCAGAAUAGAGGACUCACUCCACCGUCUCAAAACUUACCAACCACUUCAUUGUCUCCAGGCCCUGCUGCACAUACUCACCUCCAGCUUUUGUCCACAUCUUCUCUAAUUCCAAAGACACCUAGACUUAUUCCCGUUGCAAAAACUUUAAGACCUGGUGAUGGUUUUCCUUUGCUUCAAUUUGAGCCCAAGCAUGAAUUUAAGCCCCUUGCCUUCCCUACAGGAAGAGUUGCACAAGUUCCCUUCAGGCCUCUGCCACAGCCAAGAGAGGCUUGGGGCUUAGCUGAUUCCUUCCAACCUCCUUUGCCACAGAGAGCAAUGCACACUGCUUCCACGUCCCAUUUGAAUUUGAGCCAGUAUAAUACUGAAGCCAUAAAAAAAGCAGUUGAGCAGAAGAAAUGGGCAGAAGCGGUGACUACAGAAAUCCCGAAGCAUGUGAACUCGGAUCAGAAUGUUGGACAAGAAAACUUGACACCUCGACAGGACUUUUCAACAGUUAUAAAACCAGAAAAACUAUUUGAUGUUAAGCCAAGGCCCCUUGAGAUAUCUCCUCAGAAUUCCUUCGGACUUCCAUUAUUGCACCUGCAACUUAAACCUCAUUAUAUAUAUUCCUCUGUGUCAAGAGCAUCAGUUACAGUUCCCUCCGUACCUAUCAGAACUGUAGCAGAAGAGAGAACAUACCCAAGAUUAUCGUUACUUCACUCUUGUCUCUCUCCAGGAAACAUGCACAAAAAACCACAGCUUAUCCCACUUGAAAACCUCAUUGCGUUUAAACAAAGCCAACAGAAACUAACACGUAAUUUAUUUGAACAAGGCGAUCCUGGGCAUCUUCAGCUUCUCAGGGUCCAAAUGGAAUCCUCUGAAGUGAAGCAAGGAAAGGACAGUAAAAAAAGGCAAAGACGACGAGCUGAAAAAGAGCUGCAGGAAGAAAGAUCAGAGAAACUAAGGAGAAAACCAAGUGUGACUUUCCAACCAGAGGAUUCCAUCAUUAAUGAUAAGGAUUCAGAAAUAGUUAUGAAAUCCAAGGAGCAACAAGAACAUCAUGGUCCCCAACCUGUGGAUGACUUUGACAUUCCUUUUGAAAUGCUACAAGAGGAUGUUAAUACUUCAGCCGGAUUGCAUUUCAUGGCCUCUGUAAGAAAGAAAGCUAGAGAAUGUCAGGAUGCAAGUACAAAUACAGACUCAGAUAAAGAAGCUGCUUCUCAAGAAGUUGUUCCUGAAUGUCAUAAAAAUCAACAAGACAUUUCGUCCACAUCAGAACAAGAACCUUUGAAUGUUCCUCAGCUGUUGGCUCCAGAUGUAUAUCUAAAUCUCAAACUUUCCACUGAAAUAUCAAAGAAACCUUUGUCACCCUCAGCAUCUGAUAGGGUUGGAUACACUUACAUAAAUGUGAUUGACAUUGAAGCAGAUGAUCUACAGGAGUUACCUGUCAGAGAAGAGCGUUCCGAUGAUAAUAUCAAACAGCAAGGUGAUCAUCCAGAAGUCCUGUCUUCUGCACAGUUACAUUAUAUGGCAGCUUCUGUUACUAACGCUGUUCCCCUGCACAAGUUCAAGCAUCAAGAAGUGUCUCCAUCCUGUCUGGAUGGAAGAAGCUGGAGAGCAGCCGUUGCGGAAGUGAAGGAGCCUGGUGUUCCCUCACUUACACCACCAGACAUACAGCAGGACAAAGUUGUGCUGAAGCCAGAUUUUCAAUUCAAAGAACAGAGCUCAAAGUCGGAUGCUGGAGAAGAUUAUCUGCUGUGGGAAGUGCUACACGAUGUCUCCGUCGCUCGUCCUGCGCCGAGCUCUGCAGCUUGCCGGCUAGAGCAUCUCACCUCUAAGCUUCAGAAAAUUGAUGAACAGCUGUUAGCAAUACAGAGCAUUGCUGAAAAUAUAGAGCAGGAUUUCCCCAGACACGAAGUGCUAGACCGACACUGCGAUAAGGUUGGACCUUUGGAUCACAUUGAAUUGUCUUCUGGUCCUGAAUCUGAAAAAAAACUGGCUUCAAAAACCAUCAGCAUUUCUGAAGAAGUGCAUUUCCUGACCCAUGUGAAUAAGGAAGAUCAAAGUGACAGAGAAGAGACUUCAGAAGCUGAAUUUUCAGUAACAGAAACUCAUUCUAGUCAGAAAACCUGCGUGUUUCCUUCUGCUGAUUCAGCUGUCAGCCUUUCCGGUGACCAGAAUAUGACGUCUCCUGGUGUGAAUAACAGUGAUGAGUUAUUUGAAAGUGUUUCAGUAGGUCCAUUCCAGAUGACUGGAUUGACUGAUAUUGCAGACAUUAUUGAUGACCUUAUUACAAAAGAUGGAGUGUCCAGUGAUGAGCUCGGCUUAACAGAACAACAAACUAGGAAUAUCUCCAGGAUUCAGCAUUCUUCUGGUAGACGUCCACAAAGAACGGAGAAGGAGAGAAGAGAGAUUCAAGCCUGGAUGAAAAGAAAACGAAAAGAAAGAAUGGCAGAGUACUUAAAUCAGCUAGCAGAAAAGAGAAGCCAAGAGCAUGAUCCUUUCCGCCCCAGGAGCAAUCCAUUUUACAUGACUUCAAGGGAAAUCAGGCUGACACAAAAGAUGAAGCAUGAAAAAGACAGAUUGCUGCUCUCUGACCACUAUAGUCGUCGAAUCUCACAAGCAUACAGUCUGAUGAGUGAACUGUUAUCUGAAUCAGCACAGCUACCAGCAGCUGCGCAGAAACCGCUGCCUGACAGACCCAGAACUGCUCACACUUCCAGACGGCAACGCUCUCUUUCUCCAAGAGGAGAGAAUCGACAUGGUCACAAUUUUCCAAUAAAUCAACCUGGAAAAGUCAGAAAUAUAUCCAAACCCAGUUGUACGCCAAAGGGGAAGCCUUUGGGGCAACCUCACGGCUCACCUUGGCCACGUGGAACUGCCACUUUUACCAUUCAGAAAAAAUCUGGUGGAGCCAAAAUGGCAGUAAGAAAGGCUGUACAGUCUCCAGUUACCUUCCAAAAAGGCUCUCGUGCUCCAUGUUGUAGUCUGCAGCAUACAAAAAGUCACGGACGUGCCGGGCUUGCACCGCAAACCAAGCAGGUGUGUAUAGAGUAUGAGAGAGAGGAGACCGUGGUGAGCCCCUGGAUAUUACCUUCAGACAUCCGUCAGAUUCUUCAUGAGAGUCACGGUUCUCUUCUACAAGACUUGUCACCAACGAAAGAGGAGCCAAAGCCUCCUUUUGAGGUGAGUGGCAUGGACAGCAUGUCUGAGAGCACUGGCAGCAUCCUCAGCAAGCUUGACUGGAAUGCCAUUGAAGACAUGGUGGCCAGUGUGGAGGACAAGAGCCCGUCUGUCUACUGGGCCCUGGACCUGUAAGACCUGAAUAGGCCAGCAUCUCACUGAUGUGGUUCUGAAAUAUUUGUGAGUUUCAGGAAGAGAAGCAAUGAAGGAAGCGAUGUGAAUUUAUCACCUGCAGCCAUAUUAUUACCUGGAUUAGCUAUUUCAAGAGGGAAAAAUAAACAUUUCUCAAUAAUUUUGCCUUCAUGGGGAAAGGGUUGUUUAACUAUAGAUGUAUUAUAUGUUUUUUGCAUUUGAAUUAUCUUUAGGCAUAAUUUUUUAAGUGAUGAAAAGUACUUACUUAAACUA